AUGUUGGCAACAUUAAAGUGGAUGACAGAUUGACUGCACCAGAAAUGGAUAUUGCCAAAACAUGAACUUUCAAUACAAUUUUAGAGAGAUUGGGUAGGCAAAAUCGUUAUGUAUUUUAUGAAACGUAACACUGACUUCAAGUCAAUUAGCACAUUUAUUAGGCUCUAUAGUUUGGCUAGAAAGAAUUACUAUGAAAUACUUAAUUUGCGCAGAAAUUGCUCCGAUAAAGAGAUUAAGGAUGCGUUCAUUCAAAUGAGCAAGGAAUACCACCCUGACAAGAAUAAAGAUGAGAAGGCACAGGAGAAAUUUGUCAGUAUUGUGGAGGCCUACAAUGUCCUGGGCAAGCCAUGCAGCCGUGCACAAUAUGACAGUAUGAUCACUGUGGCAUCCCAUACUGGCACUGCGACUGGCACAUCAUUUGUUUACAGAACACAUGUGCCAUACAAUUUACGCAACAAUCCAAACUACAGUUUUUACUAUGAACACCAGAGGUCAGCAAACACAAGUGAAAAGGCAAAGACACAGGGAGCAGAAGUGAAAAAAUUGCCAAACUAUGUUAUCAUCAUGAUGUGCUUUGGAGUUGGUUUAAUUGGAUGUCUACUGCAGAUCUAUGUAAUCAGAGAGAUGUAUCUAGCUGGCAGCCGUCGAUCUUUGGAAAGAUCCAAGUAUUUAGCAGCAGAAUUAGAUAAAGUGCGCGCUGCCGCUCACGAAAAUACUAAUGAGGAGCAGACACGUCUACUAAUGGAAAAAAUAGUGACGGCUUCCAAUCCGACAGUAGCGACGGCUUCCCUAGGACAAGCACUGGCCAGCGAGAAAAAGUGACUUUUUAAUUCUGUAGAACUGUCUUCCUAUUUAGUAGUUACGUUUUGUAGUUGAAAUCAAAUUUAGAACGAAUUUAUUUAUUUUUAGUUUUUAUAUAAUUCCAGAGUCUAAAUUCACAUUUAGACUAUGGUUUGCAGUUUAAGACCCUAUGUAGAUUAUUUAGUUUAUUUUUUUACUAGUUUUAUUAAUUGCGAGUUAGAAAACAAUGUGUACAGUCAGGUAAACCAUAUUUUUGCUAGGUAUAAUAAUUUGAAAGUGGGCAAGACUAGAAAUGUAUAAGGAUAGAGGCUUUUGGUUUCCAGUUUUCUUUACUUACCUCGUAGAAACAUGGUGUGAAUUGUUUCAAUUUCAUAUUUAAAAUAAAAAAAAAAAUGUUUUAACUUUGCUGUUUUAUACGUCUUGAUAUUACAUGUAGAAAUUAACUGGGUGUUAUAAAUAUAUUUUUGUUAAAAUAUCUUUAAAAGAAAUGCAAUAUAAUAUUAUAAUACUCUAAAAUGCUCAAAAUAAAAACGUAAGUUAUAUCAGAUAUUAUAUGUUCAAAUAGUACACGAAAGAAAUUAGUUAAUACAAUUUUGAAAAUAGCAUUGAUCAAAUUUGUUUGCUGGAGAAAGAAAUGGAUUUUUGGGAUUUUUAUAAAAUUAAAUAAAAAUAUUUUAGUAAAAUUUUGUACAAUAAGAUUGUUAAAUUGUAUACUUUUAUAUAGUUUAUGAUAUUAUAUUUUUUGUACAGUAAAUUAUAUAAAGUAAUAAAUGUAUAUUGCAAAAAAAAAAAAAAACAGAAAAUAUGUAAAUAGUCACUAUUGUACAUAGUAGAUAAUAUUAUUGUACAUAUUUAAAAUACAUAUGAUAUAGUUUA